GCAUGCAUAUCCACUCCCUCCCCUCUUCCUUGCCAUUUUUGCGGUUCCAGCCAAUCCACCCCCAUGAUCGCCGCCGCCCCCUCCUCGCCUCCUGACGAGCCGGCAUAUAUAUAAAUAGACGCACGCCCGCACGCAGGAACCCCAAGCCGGGUCCGUGCCUUCUGAUAUACUCCGAUCAUCCUACCGAUCAUCCUAAUUCCUAACCCACCACCGCGCGCUUCGAAUGAUGGGAGAGGCUUCCGAGGCCGUGGCGGCGCUCCACGCAGGAGGGGAGGACGGCGGCGGCGGCGUUGCCACCGGAGGUUGUUGGGUAUCCGGGAGUACAGCAGGGUCGGCGUCGGCGUCGUCGGGGAUCGGGACGGCGUCCAGCGGGUCGUCGUCGUCGUCGUCUUCGCUCUUCUCAUCGACGACGACGUGGAGCGUGGGUGACGAAGACGAGGACGGAGACUGCGCGACGUCGUCCUCCCGACCGGCGGCGGAUCGUCGUCGUCGUCAUCGUCACUUCUCGUCCUUGUCUUCAUCGUCGUCGUCCUCGAUGUCGUCAGAGUCGGAGGCGUCGCAGAUGAACGGGGCCGCUGGCGGCCCGCUCUACGGGAUGUCGACGAUGCGCGAUGAUCUCCCGCCGGCUCAAGGACUCAGAACGGGGCUAUCUAUGUACUACAAGGGGAGGUCGGAGUCCUUCACAUCGCUAGCCGACGUCAUCUGCGUGGAGGACCUUGCAAAGAAGACCACCCUGUACAUCAGGAGGCCAAAGGCGUCCAGACGUCACGCUGCAGCGCUGGGUGUGAAGAACAGGUUGUCAAAGACAGUAGCAAGGAAAGAGCCACCCAGGGGGAGGAAACCAGCUGCAUCUGAAUGCCAGGGAAAGCUAUACAGAUGCUAGGUCACGCUCACGCAAAUGUAAUAAUCAAGUACUUUAUGCAUUAGUUACCAUCGAUUGGUGGCCACCUAUCUUCCUUCGUCAGUAGAGCUUUUCUGCGAUUGGAAUUUCCAGGAAUUCUGUUUACUUCUCAUGUUAAUAGUGAUAAAUCCUGUGUCUCCGGU